AAGAGGGUGGGGGAGAAAGAAAGAAAGAGAGAGAGAGAGAAGGAACAACGAAGAGGCCACCGGCCGACUUCGGACUUUCGCAGGACAAGACGACCCGAUGUCGACCCGCGGUCGUCCUCGUCCUACCCUGAAGACGGCGGAAGCAGCAGCAGCGUCAUCGUCGCAGACGACGAAGAAGAAGGUAGCAGCAGGACUCUCCUCGCGUAAAUGUGCCCCCGUGCGCGCCCAUGUGCUGCACCUCCUUCGUCAGCCUCUUCUUCUUCUCUGCCCCCUGCGUGCCCUGUAAACCCGGAGCACAUCGUCAUCACCGUCCCGAUUAGCACGCAUAGUCCCGCGCGCACGAGUUACCCCCGACGCCAGGAACAUGGCCAAGAUCCUCAACAAGGACCCCGUCACGUACGAGAAGGAGAGGGAGAACUUCCUCAAGGACCUCCGACACUUCCACGAGACGAGAGGGACGCUCUUCAAGAAGUCUCCGAAGAUCAACGGGAAGGAUAUAGAUCUGUAUUUGCUGUAUGUUGUGGUGACCGCUCAUGGAGGAUGGAUUAAGGUCAAUACUAGAAAUGAAUGGGCGUCGUUGUGCGAACAAUUUCACCUGCCCAGCGGUUGUAUCAACAGCGGGGUCGGCCUUAAACAAAUUUACCUUCGGUAUCUGGACAGGUACGAGAAAGUCCACUUCCUAGGCGAGGAUGGUCAACAGGCCGACGACGACGACGAGGAUUCCAGACACCGGAAGUGGUCGGCUAGAGCACUGCACUCUGUUCCUCUUACUUAUAAUCAUCAUCAGCACAACAUCGCAGAAUCUCUGCGCGACUACAACGGACUUUCGUCGGACCUUUACAAGCCCUCGAACUACGACAAGCUCGCGCUGUCACUCCUGUCACCGCUGCCGAACGAGCAGGACUUCGCCAUCAACGUUUGCACCCUUCUGUCGAACGAGGGCAAGCACACCCUACGGCUGGACAAGUAUCCCCGACUGGUGAACAUCCUCCUGGCGCACGCCGGGGUCUUUGACUCGCCCGGCACGCGGCAGCUCUUCAUCGAGGUGUACUCGCGCGUCCGCAACUACUCCAUCAACUCCUUCUGGUCGGACGUCCUCGACUCCCAGGACGUGAUAGAUCUCACGAACGAGAAGACCUUCAUGAAGAAGCCGCCUACCAGUCUGCCGACGUUCUCCAGACGGAAGACCCUGGAGAAGGAGAAGAGCAAGCAACAAGAUACCGCUCCGUCGACGACGGAGAACGAGGAGCCGCCCCCGACGCUGAUCGACAUCGACGGGAUACUUCCGGAUUGCCCAAGAUUGGAUCUGACGUCGGACGAGAGCCUGAGAGAUCAGAACCAAAACUCCAUCAAGUUCGAGGAGGAGGAUAAGGAUCUGUUUUGCGUCGGUCGGACGUUAGGUACGCAGGAUCCUUACGGCCAGCGCGUGCUGCAGAUCGCGUCGAUCUUGCGGAACCUCAGCUUCACGCCGGAGAACACGGUGAUACUAGGCAGGAAUCGGUGCUUCCUGCGAUUCGUCCUGCUGUGCGUGAGAGCGAGAUGGAGCAAUCUGCACCAGCUCGGCUUCGAUAUACUAGGGAACAUAGCGAACGAAAUUAUUCUAAAGGAGGCCGGUGAGAGGAUAACGGACGUAGUUCUGUCGUGCGUGGCCAUGGGAAUCGAGUCUCAGGACAGGUUUAUCGUCAUAUCCUGCCUGGAGGUGCUCAACAAGAUCAGUCAGCAGGACAGCAACGAAGAAAUUGUCACGUUCGGUUUGGCAGAUAACGUGUAUGAACUUAUAUGCAGAUUCCUAGCUCUGAGUGACAUAGCCCUCUUAGUGUACACCCUGGAAUGUUUAUAUGCGCUGACGUCGCUGGGGGAGAGACCUUGCACGAGCGUCGCGCGAGUUCGCGGCGCCAUCGACACUCUGGUCGCUCUCGUCACCGUGGAGGCGCAAAGUUACGGCCCGAAAGCCUGCAUUCUCAUGCGAGUGGUCGAGACGGUGUCCACAGUAGCGGCGCAACAGAGCACUGCUGCGCAGGGCGUCGCUUCCGUCACCCCCUCCACGCCAACCGCAACCACCACGUCCACGUCUACUCCAGCGACGGUCACCGUGACGCCGUCACCUGCCAGUCCGGCGUCGUCUCGACCUACGACUCCCGCCGCGACCUCAGCCAAGUCGACAACGCACAGUAAAGCAGUGGAGACGGCUAACGCGAUCCAACAGCAGAACGCGCAUCAGCAAAUUAUUCAGGAGAACGAGCAGUUUGCCCUAGGCUGGGUGAGAGCCACUUUCGAGCUCGCGCCCGGUACGCGCAUCGAACAAGAGGAGUUGUACAAAAAGUAUCUCGGCUGCUGCACGAAAAUCGGCAGGCGAGGCGUGAUAGCUCCGUUGCAUUUUCCUAGAUGCGUCAGAUCCGUUUUCGGCAGUAUCGUGGGGCCGAAUCCGUUGAAGGGCGAGAAUACCGGCACCCAGUAUUACGAAGGCAUCCGUGUACGAGCGACACCCGCGCCGAUCACUUAUCCGAGCCAACAAGUUACCGCUGCGGUCGCGACUAAUACACCACUGAUCCCGGCGGUCAACACUACUCCAGUAAAGGUGCUUCCCGCUCAACAGCGUACAGUCAAGACUAUAAAUCCCGCAUCCGAUAGCACGGCCACCCAGGCUCCCCAGGUCGAUAGUCCCGCCGCGUCGUCCGGGGCGCAAACGACCUCCACAACCGCCAACACUCCCGCGUCUCCUAUCCUGAAGGCCCAAUUGUCCGCACCGCCGAAACCCCCGUCCAGCAACACCUCGAGCCAGUCCCAAAAUCCAGUGACCAAGGUCGAUUCUAAAAGUCAGGUAUCAGUAUCACAUCCGCAUCUGAGCCAGGCGUUGCUAGCGAGCGGCUCCCAGACUCCGCAACAGCAGCAACAACAGCUGCAGCCGCAGCAACAAUCUCAAAGUGUCCAGGUAGUUGUUAAGGAAGACAAUCGAAGUGGCACUACGUCGAGUUCCAUAAUUAAGAGCCUGUUGGCUACUAAGGUAACGAUCAGCAGCGACUGCAUGCCCAGUGCUGCUGCGACUUGUGUGUCUACCCCUACUGCCUGCGUAACAAACACUACUGCUAGCAUCGCAUCCAGCAUCAGUGCCAACCAGCUAAUAACCAGCAACCAGGUCGCCCAGCGUCAGCAACAGCAGAGGUUACUGCAGCAACAGAUGACGGGCGUGAUGCAACCCGCCGCACCCGCAGCCACCCCAGCCACGAUACUCCCAAAGACUCCCGUGAACGCUAAGCAGAAACCGGCACUCACACCCAUUCCUCAAAAGAUACAGAGGCUCAACGGGGCCAAGUUUGUUGUGACUAAUAACUGCGAGAAGACUGAAGUAAACGAUAACGACAACGCCAAUCAAACAAUCGUCACAUCUACCGCCACCACCACGACUACGGUGAUGGUGAACUCGACUGAAAACCACAUAUCCUCCUUACCGGCGAAGGUCUGUCGUCCGCCGUUGACGCCGACCGUCGUCACCGUCGCCACUUCCCCGCCGAACAAGGUCAAUCAGCGCACGACAUAUACUUCCAUCGCCGAGGAUUCGGACUCCACCAACAACUCGCUGGCGUCGAGUAGCGGCAUCGGCGGUAGCAGGGACUGCUCCGGGGUGGGCGUCGAGGAGGAGAACAUGCUGACGAGUUUCGAGGGCAUCCUGUUGAACGGCGCGCCGGCGAGCAACAACAACAUGGACAUCGAUGCGCAGGAGGAGGACGGCUCGUCCAAGGACUCGUCGAGCGUGAGCUCGAAGGACAAGCCGUUGCAGAGCAUGAUGCUGGUGGAUUUGCUCGAGAGGAAGGUCGACAAGGAGCCGAUAUUGAACGGCGUGCUCGGUAAAAACUCCAUUAACGAGAAAGAGAUGGACCUGGUGGAGAAUCACAUCAAGAAGGUGCUGAAGGAAUCCCCUGGCGAGCUGAAACUGAAGCCCGAGGUGGAGGGUGGGAACAUUAUACAGAACGAGGCAUCCGAGGACACCUUGAUAGAGGCGCCGCGGGGAAUCAAGAGAUCGGCUAGUGAAUCGGACGAGUUGGAGAUCAAGAAGCCCAAGUAUUCCAAUGGCACGAUGUCGCCCGAUCCAGCAGUUGACUCGACCACGGCGGAAUCCACGGUUUCCAGUAUCAAAUCCGAGGAGCAGGACGACGACAAGGACAGCGAGAAGGCUACCGUUUCCUCCACCGCGGCGAAUCUCUACGCAGCCCUUGCUGCCGAUUGUAUAGAGGACGAGACUGAUCUGGAGGAACAAGUGAACGUCAGCAAGGACGCGAUAAAGGAAGGGACUGCGCCGACGGUGGCGACGAUAGCGGCUCCUCUUCCACCUCCUCCGCUCCACGUGAAGACGGACCCGACGCCGACCAUCCUCGUCAAGGAAGAACCGCAGACUCUGCACAUUAAGGAAGAGCCUCACAUAUUCAUCAACCAGAUCACUCAGGCGCCGCAGCCGCAGCCACAGCUGCAGCAUCAGCAACAGCAACAGCUCAUAGUGGCGACGCCCAGGCAGAUAGUCGUCCAGCAGACGAUCCCGACGAACAACCAGGUCAUCAUACCCACCGCGUCGGUGAAGGGAAGACCGCAGCCGACUCAACCGCAGGUGUUGCUGCAGCAGAGCGCGGGCGGCCAGCUACAGUACGUGGUGUCCGGAGGUGUCCCCGGUCAGAACUACGUGCUGGCGCAGCCGCAGACGGCUCUGGUGCAGGGACAAGCGCAAACCGUCCUGGUGGCGCAGACGACGCAGCAGCAGGGAACCGGCACCAAGACCAUCAUCAUAUUGCAGCCGCAGGCAGCCGCACAGCCUACUCCGCAGAAGAUGGUAGCGGUGACGCCGCAGGGGCAGCAAGUGGUCGUGACGCAGGUGCCGCGACCGAUUCUGCAGAGUCCGGCGCUCGGCAACAUUCCUCCGCCUCUGGUCCCGACGUCCGCGACUAUCCCGCAGGCCUCCAUCAUAGUGAACAGCUCGGUGGCGCAGACCAACCCGAACACGGUCACCGUCACGAUCCCGGCGAUGGCCCAGCAAACUCCGGUCUCCACCAGCGUGCCGUCCAGGGUGGUGACUCCCACCCCGGCGUCCACGCCGCCGCCUACCAGACCCACGACGCCGCAUCAGGCGGCGGCUACCCACGGCGUGACCGCGGUCAAGCCGUCGCCCGCCACGAAGAUCGUGAAGACGGUGAGCUCGUCGACCUCCACCGAGCCGGAGUCGAAACCUUCGACGAGUCAGCAGCAGCAACCGACGCCGCAACCCUCGCCGCAGGAGAGUAAAACUAUCACGAUCAAAAUCGACCCCAACGCUUAUCUGUGCGAGUGGCGAGGGUGUCUUAGACAAUUUAAAACACCACACGAGGUCUACCUUCACGUUUGCGAGGUUCACUGUCCGACCGGUGGAGAGGAGAUAUUGUGUCUAUGGGCGAGUUGCGACGCUCUCAAGAGGCGCAGAUUCUCGUUGAUGACGCACCUUUACGAUAGGCACUGUAAUGCGGAUACAAUGUCGAUAAGGAGGAAACAGCUGACGGUGACGGGCAAAACCGAAGUCUCCACGUCCACACCCCCGACUCCGCAUCAUCCCGGAUACGCACCCAAUGCCGCAUUCCACGCUAUCAAACGACACGCUCUGGAGUUCGUUAAUCCUAAGGAGCUAAUGCAGCAGAGGCCGACCAAGCCCGCUGCAGCCACCUCAUCAAGCUCUUCUUCCCCCAGACCUGGGCAAAAUUCUCCACCGGAACAGGAUGACAACGAAGGUCCAGUGACCAAAAGUAUUCGCCUAACGGCAGCUCUCAUUCUUAGGAACCUAGUCAUAUACUCAACGCACGGUAGAAGGCACCUCAGAGCGUACGAGCCUCACCUGGCCGGGGUCGCGUUGAGCAACGUCGAAUCAUCGAGAACGAUCGCACAAGUCCUGUACGACAUGAACGACCAGAGUAGCAGUAGCCAUAAUAGGUGACCUCUUGAAUCAGGCCUCUAAAGAGCUCUUUUUAAUCCCGUGAGCAGCGAUCAACUUACAUUAUUUCGAAUAUUAUGCGAGGAAACGAGCGUGUUAGAAGUUUGUAAUCGUGUUUUGCUGUGCUAAAUGCGUGCAUACGAUCUGAUAAAGGAGAAUCUUGGGACUGGAGAAGAAGGAGAGAGAGAGAAAAGAGAGAUAGAUGGUACCGGAGAUAAAUGUUCCAUAUAUAGAAAAAAGAGGCCUAUAAACUUACUAGGCAAGUUACUUUGCCAAUUUUAGAUUGUAACUUGAACUGUAACUAGUGAAACACAAAACAAAGACAUUUAGUUAAAAUCAUGCGGAAAAGUGAUAAUGCGUCUGCGAGAGAGAGAAAGAAAGUGAGAGAGUAAAGACAGAGAGAGAAUGUAUG